AUGGUUGACGAGAAGCAGUUGUCAGGAACUUCCGUUGCCUACGAGAAGCUUCUCUUGCGCAACUCCGAGAAUCUCAGGCGAACGGCCGAGACAAAGAUCGAGGAGGUUGCAGAGAAGGGCAUCGAUGCAGACAGCAGCAAAGUGCGAGGAGUGUCGCCCAGAACACCAAGGGCCGAGACAAGACCUGCAGUGGCCAGCUUCUCAAAAAAGGAGGUCCAAGAAGAACCUCAAAAGCUGCUCUUGAACUCUGAAGACCUGAAAAUAGACAAGGUGCUCGGUUCUGGCGGCUUUGGCGCGGUCUACCGUGGCACUUACCUGGGACAGGAGGUAGCGAUCAAGAAGCUUCACCUUAUCGAUGGGCAGGUUUCCAGCGAGCAAGUGGCUGAGUUCAAGAAAGAGGCUGACCUAGCAGAAGUCCACGGUUUGGAUUUGCUCGUGUCCAAGGUAGCGAUGUGUAGGACCAACACCGCCUCCUCAGCGGCAGCUGGUGAUGAACUGAUUGGGUUUGGUAUCGCAGCUUUGUCCUCCUUCUUCAAUGGAUCCUUCCCGGUCUGUCAGCGGAUUCCCAGAGGUCCUGCCCUGGACCCUGUGGUGUUCAACGGCCUGGUUUGUGUGGGGGUCUUCUUGUCUUCAUUGUUCGUGCCAUUGAUCUUCAACCUGAAUUUCGUCUUCACUCUCCCAGGCGCAUUGGGUGGUGUUCUUUUCGUCUUUGCUGCGCUCUUCAGCUUUGUGGCGAUCCCCAGGGCUGGCCUUGCCACUGCACAGGCCGUGUGGUCCUGCUCUGCCAUUUUAGUCUCCUUUGCUUGGGGUGCCAUUGGCCCAGCAGAGGUGGCAGCUCCAGUGGGCAAUAUCCCAGACAAGGCAGCCGGUAUCUCUUCUGCCUUGGCGGUGGGGCUCUUCGGCGGAUCUGUUUUGGUCCCCUUCAAGUACAUCCCGCCUGAUGUGGCUGGUUUGGCUGCGAUUCCCUCCUUUGGCAUUGGAGCCCUGGUGGCCGGAGUGAUCGUGACCUUCGGGUACGUGAAAGGGAUCUUGAAGUCAAGCUCCUUCCCUGCUUUGAGAGGAGACCAGGUUGCAGCAGGCUUAGCUAGUGGUUUACUUUGGAAUGCAGGCAAUGUGGCAUCGGUCAUCGCCCAAAGCCCUCCUUUCUUGCUCCCCUAUGGCGUUGCCUAUCCCAUCCUCCAGUGUGCCCUGGUCUUCGGUGGCUUGUGGGGGAUCUACGUCUUCAAAGAGAUUGUGGGAAAUGCAGUUGGAGUCUUCUGGGCAGGACCAGCUUAA